CUCAAUAAACUCAAGUCUCCAUCAAACAAAUUACCAUCAUCACUCAAAUCACAAACCAUAGUUUCACAACUUUGUUUGAUUCUAUGUCUUCUGAUCUCUAUUCUUUUGGCACAACUUUCCACUCACAUUCAACCUCAGAACUUGAUGGAACUCAAGAUCUUCCAUUUCUCUCUGAUUCCUUCCCUUUCUUCAACACUACUUCUUCAAACUCAUUUGAUGAACCUCUUCUUCCUUCUUCUCUAGAUCCUUUUUCGCCUUCCUUUUUCUCUUUCUCAACUUCCACUGAUCAAAACCUCACAAGUUAUCAUCAAACUAAUGAAACUUUCUCAGAUUUUGAUCUCUCCCAAGUUAAAAACGAGGAAUCAUCAUCACAAAUAAGUGUUGAUUAUUAUAACAAUAAUCAGUUUCUUCCUCAUAGUUACAGUGGUGCUGAGAAUGCAUCAAAGUACAUGCAAAGAAGCUUCAGUAGUAACUCUUUCGAAAAGAAGCCGAGUUUUCAAUUCCAAACUCACCGCGAUAAUCCUAUGGAUUCGUCGAAAUUUCAAAUGCAUGAUUUAAGCUCCACUGAUAAUAGUUUGAGAAGGGUUUGUAGCACUGGCGAUUUGCAGAACAUGAAAGAAAAUAACAUGUCUCCAACGGAGGGAAAUUUGCAAGAGGAAUCAAAUUUCAAAGUAGGCCGAUACAACGCCGAAGAAAGAAAGGAAAAAAUUUCGAAAUACAGAGCUAAGAGAACACAAAGGAACUUUAAUAAGACCAUUAAGUAUGCAUGUCGAAAGACAUUAGCAGACAAUCGACCGCGCGUACGUGGCAGGUUCGCGCGUAAUGACGAGCCCAACGAAAUUCCUAAAGUUCCGUGUAGAGACGAAGACGAAGUCGAUUUUUGGAUGGAAGAAUUGAGGUUAUAUGAAGAUGAUGUAACAGUGGGAGCAGCAGAACAAUAUCUGAAGAGCAAUAGUUAUGGAGUUAGUCAAUUUCAGUACUUUGGAUUAUGAGUUUUUAGUGUUAGGAUAAUGGAAGAAGAAUCUUUAGACUUUAGGGUUGAUUGAUCAAAGUGGAAGUUUUUCUUUCUAAUGUUUUUGUUAUAAGAAAAAAUAAAAUAUAUGAAUAAGUCACUCACUCACUCACAUGGAAUCUCAGAUGUUCCUAAGGUCAAUAUGACAUUUGGUUGUUGGACGGUGCCCUAGAUAUAGAUAGCUAGUUUAUAGUUUGCAUUAAUAUUCCACUUUUAUUUUUUGUAUUCAAGAUAUGAUUUAUCAAUUGUUUAGUGAAUGUAUAUUGUAUUCCAUAAUCA